UAUUUUAUGAUUUUGAUAAAUCUCUAAACUUAAUUUUAGAUUCUAACAAUAGAGACACCCGUUUUUUAUAUAGCUGUUAUAUGACAUCUUAUUUCUCCCAUUAUUUUCAAAAUAGGAAUCAUGUGACAUCUUUGGAUAUCAAAUAUUGUAAAAACUAUUCUAUACUUUAUUUGUAGUUAUACAUAAUCUAAAUUCAUGUAAUACAUCAGUUAGUAAUCAGCUGUUCAACUAUGUCAUUCAUAUUUUUUGUACAUGACUGCCUAUUGAUCAACAUAAUGCCGAAGCACAGUAUAAUCAGUUGUUGAUAUGUUUUAGAUUGAAUAAAUAUUUUUAAAUAAUUUUUAUAACAACUAAUAAUUGACAGUGAGCUUCUGCAUGAACACGAAAUUUGUAGCAUAAAAUUAUAGUAUUAUUAAAGUUAUAUAAUAUCAUAUACAUUGUCAGAAAUUUUACAAAAGGAAUAGUGUGUGAAGAGGUUAGAUUUAUAUGUUCGUUUGACAGCAUAUGAAGAAUCUUCAGAAAAAUAAUGGGUCAAACACUUAGUGAACCUGUGACAGCUAAGAAUUUAGCAUGCUGUAGAAAUUCAAACUAUCGAGUUGGAAGUUCUUGUAUGCAAGGUUGGCGUAUCAAAAUGGAAGAUUGCCACGUACAUAUACUUUCAUUACCUGAUGAUCCUGGUACUGCAUUUUUUGCAGUAUAUGAUGGUCAUGGAGGUGCAGCAAUGGCACAAUAUGCUGGAAAACAUCUUCAUGAGUAUAUAACUAAAAGAAGUGAAUAUAAAGCAGGUAAUAUUAUUCAAGCAAUACAACAGGGUUUCUUGGAAUUAGAUAGAGCAAUGCAAAAUGAUGCAGCACUUAAAGAUGAACAAGCAGGAACUACUGUUAUAGCACUUCUUAUAAAGGAUAAUGUUAUAUAUAGUGCAAAUGCAGGUGAUAGUAGAGCAGUGGCAAGUAUAAAUGGUAAUGCUAUUCCACUUAGUCGUGAUCAUAAACCAACAUUGAAGGAUGAACGUGAAAGAAUUGAGGCUGCUGGUGGUUGGGUUGAAUUUAAUAGAGUUAAUGGUCAACUAGCAUUAACUCGUGCUCUCGGUGAUUUUAUGUUCAAACGAAAUGAACGUAAAUCUCCGCAAGAACAAAUUGUUACUGCUUUUCCUGAAGUUCAAGCUUUUCAAAUAACAGAAGAUUGGGAAUUUGUUGUUUUGGCAUGUGAUGGUAUUUGGGAUGUAAUGACAAGCAAUGAGGUAGUUAAUUUUAUAAGAACACGUUUAGUUCAAUCGAAAUUCGGAACAAGAUUAGAACAAGAUACAUUGGAUCCUGAAGAAAUUUGUGAAGAACUUAUGAAACAUUGCCUUGCACCAGAUGCUUUAAUGGGUACUGGUUGUGAUAAUAUGACAGUCGUUCUUGUAUGUUUUCUUCAUGGAAAACCAUAUUCUCAUUUGAUUUCACGCUGCAAAGAAUCCAUUAGUACAAAUUCUUAAUCACUUAAAUUAUUAAUAUUUUAUGUGUCGAUUAUUUUUAAAAAUUCUUUAUAUUUAAUUUUACAUCAUAAUGAAAUAAUAUU